AUGAACGUCGUAACGCGCGUGUUUGGUCCCCUCCGGUCUUCUUCUCUCCGUCUUGCUACGCGCUGUUUUGCCUCUUCUGGUGGUAUUCCUAACGAUUUGGAACACGCAGUUGGUCGUGAACGUCAGGAACUUGAAGCUGCUGAGAUUGGCGUGGCCCAGUUUAAUCGUGAUCCCCUUGAAUCGGAUGAGACGCAGGGCAAUUCGAAGGACGACCCCAUUCUCGUCCCGUCUUUUAAUGAUGUGCGCACUGUGGGUGUCUCCCACAAUGACGCGUCCUAUUUGUACUGGUUUAAUCUGGUCAAGGGCAAAGUGCACUAUUUGCCACAGAUUGAAAAGUACUUUAUGCUGUACAAUCCUGAAGAAUUGGCUCAACUGGUCAAGGAAGUCGAAGCCAAACAACAACAAUAA